AUGUCAAGCUUUGUUAUUUCUGACACUGACGCAGAAUCAGAUGGAGGAUGUCGACAACAAAAAAAGAACAAACCAUUAAUGGAGAAAAAACGAAGAGCUCGGAUCAACAAAUCGCUGUCACAGUUGAAACAGAUAUUAAUUCAGGAUGGGCACAAGAACUCUGCUCAGCACUCGAAGUGGGAAAAAGCUGAUAUAUUGGAGAUGACAGUUGAAUAUCUGCAACAAUUGAGAUCCUCUCAAAAUUGUUUGUCUUCUCCAUCCACGUCAUCUGUCCCAACUCCAACACAGCCACCAACUCCUCCAGAAGAGAAGAUUCCAUGUGUUCAUAUGUCUCAAAUGGUUCCAUUCAUGAAUCCGUUCAUGCAUCAAUAUGCAGCAUAUCAACAACUGGCUCAACUGUCCAUCUAUUCUCAGCUCUUUGGUCAACAGGUAGGAUUCAAAACUAUGGAAUCUAAACCAAUUUCCGAAUCCUUGAAUACAAAUCAGGGGAAAUGA